AACAUGGCUUCCACUGGACUCCAGCUCCUGGGCAUGGCGUUGGCCCUGAUUGGCUGGGUUGGCGCCAUCAUCACCUGCGCGCUGCCCAUGUGGAAGGUGACGGCGUUCAUCGGUAAUAACAUUGUGGUGGCGCAGGUCAUCUGGGAAGGACUGUGGAUGAACUGCAUUGUGCAGAGCACCGGACAGAUGCAAUGUAAGGUCUACGACUCCAUGCUGGCGCUCCCCCAGGACCUGCAGGCCGCCCGCGCCCUCACCAUCAUCUCCAUCCUGGUGGCCAUCUUGGCGGUUCUGAUUGGCAUUGUGGGAGCUAAGUGUACCAACUGCGUGGAGGAGGAGAACACCAAGGCGCGGGUCAGCCUGGUGGCCGGCGUGGUUUUCCUGGUGGCCGGCACCCUCAUGUUGAUCCCUGUGUGUUGGUCGGCAAACACCAUCAUCCGUGACUUCUACAACCCGCUGGUGGUGGAGGCGCAGAAGCGGGAGUUGGGGGCUUCGCUCUACAUUGGGUGGGCGGGUUCUGCCCUCAUGCUGCUGGGUGGUGGUCUUCUCUGCUGCUCCUGUCCCAGGAAGUCUGACAUCCCGUACACCGCCCGCUACACGGCGGCCCCAUCCCAGGCCCGCAGCGACUACCCCAGCAAGAACUACGUGUGA